AAAAUUAUAUAAGAAUACAAACAAUAAUCUUAUUGUUUAUAAAGUAAUCUCUCUCUUUAGUAUGCUAUCAUAUUUUUAAAUGGCUCUGAUACGGUCUUAUACGACUUAACCUGAUAACUCCGAUUAUCAAUCUUUAGAGUUUCAGUGUUUUUAUAACCGCAAAUGAUUCAUAUUUUCAGAUUGCAUUUCUGAUGAAAUUGAUACAUAUGUGAGAAAUCAGUAUAAAUAUUAUCGUUUAUUUUUUUGUGAAAAUACAAUUAUGCAAGUUGUAACAUUUUGUUUGUAUAUUACAUUUUUGUGGAAUAUUGUUGUACAAUGUGGAUCUUCAAGAGAUCAUUAUCUUAUAAUAGAAAAUAAUAAUAUAGAAGAUGAAUUAUUCUCAUCUCGCAAUACAGGUCAACUUAAAUAUGAUCCUACUUGGAAUAGUUUAGAUUCUCGACCUCUUCCUGGUUGGUACGAUGAUGCCAAAUUUGGAAUAUUUAUUCAUUGGGGAGUGUUUAGUGUUCCUAGCUUCGGUUCAGAAUGGUUUUGGAAUAAUUGGAAAGAAGAAACUGGUACUAAGUAUCAUGAUUUCAUGAAGCAACGAUAUCCACCUAAUUAUACUUAUCAAGACUUUGCUCAUGACUUUACUGCUGAAUUUUUUAAUGCAUCUCAAUGGAGUGAAAUGUUUGAAGCUUCAGGUGCAAAAUAUGUGGUAUUGACUAGUAAACAUCAUGAAGGAUAUACCCUGUGGCCAUCAAAAUAUUCCUUCAGUUGGAAUUCCAUGGAUAUUGGACCACAGAGAAAUCUUAUAGGUGAAUUGGCAGCAGCAAUAAGAUCAUCCACCGAUAUUAAAUUUGGAUUAUAUCAUUCUUUAUACGAGUGGUAUAAUCCUAUGUAUCUUGCCGACAAACAGAAUAAUUUUACAACAGAUCUUUUCGUUACGCAGAAAAUCAUUCCAGAAAUGCAUGAGCUUAUAGAAAUGUUCAAACCAGAAAUAAUUUGGUCAGAUGGUGAUUGGGAAGCUACAGAUUCUUAUUGGAAAUCAAAAGAAUUUUUAUCCUGGUUAUAUAAUGAAAGUCCUGUAAAAGAAACAGUAGUUGUAAAUGAUAGAUGGGGUAGAAAUAUUCCAUGUCAUCAUGGUGAUUUUUAUACGUGUACUGAUCGUUUUAAUCCUGGAGUACUUCUCUCACACAAGUGGGAGAAUUGUAUGACUAUCGAUAAAAAGUCAUGGGGCUUUCGUAGAAAUGCUGCUUUAGCAGAUUAUCUUACACUUAAUGAAUUAGUAAAAGAAUUGGUAACUACAGUAAGUUGUGGUGGAAAUUUAUUGAUGAAUGUUGGUCCAACUAAGGAUGGUAUUAUUUCUCCAAUAUUUGAAGAAAGAUUACGUGGAAUAGGUUCUUGGCUAAAAAUAAAUGGUGAAGCUAUUUAUAAUACUAAACCAUGGAAAAUACAGAAUGAUACAUUAACGAGUAAUGUGUGGUAUACACAAAGUAAAGAUGAAAAAAGACUUUAUAUAUUAAUUUUAGAAUGGCCAAAAGAAAGUAUAUUAACUUUGGGUUCUUUAAAAGUCCCAAGUAAUACCCAUGUAUCAUUGCUUGGCUUUAUAAAACAACUUGAUUGGAAGCAACUUGCAACUAAAUUCGUUGUGCAGCUACCAUAUGAAGCUCACAAAGGUGAACCAGGAUGGGUACUAAAAGUUGAACAGGAAUAAAAAAAAGUUAAGUAAUGCAGAUUUCUUUUAAUUAAUUU